GGUGUCUGAAAACGGCCCCCUGGCAUAAUCUCAAAAUCUGGACAAGUUUUAGAGAGAGAGUAGAGAGAGAGAGAGAGAUGGCUGGGUUGUUCGCAUGGGCAGCAGAUGUGGUGGGAGGUGGUGGGCAGAGCAACGACGAAGACGAUAUCAAUGCAAUCCCAGUAGCCUUCACUCCAGAGCAGCAACAAUACGCGAGACAGUUGGAUCUCAAAGCAUCUUCUCUCAACCGUUCGAUCCAAGAUCUACGGCUUAGACUCCCUCCCCCUGACAUCUCCCAACGUCUUCCCCACCUCCACGCCCACUCCCUCGCCUCCAACGCUGCCCUCGCUCUCCAAUUGAACGCUCACUCCACCACCAAGGAACAGGCACAACUGAGAGAGGUUACAUUGCAAGAAGAAAAUGCUGCAUAUGAAAAGGCUAUAUCCAAUUGUGAUAAUAAAAUACAUGAGAAGUUGAAAGAAGCAGAUCUAUUUCGGACUAAGUUACAGGAAAUGGACUUGACUGAGAAAAAUCUGAAGGACAAGUUGGAAAAUGCGCUAGCUGCAUUUCAUGCCAGACAAUCUGGAAAAUUAGGUGAAUUGUCUAUUGAUUCUGAAACUACAGUUGAAGCUCAAGACGUUAUAGAAGCUUCAAAAUCUGAUGUACUGGACAAGUUAGAGAACAAGAAACAGGAACUGAGUUUAAUGGAAGAGAUGGUUGAAGUCUUGGAGAAAAAAUGGGCACAGGUCCAAGAGAAUGCACUGAAGCAGCCUUCUCCAGCUCAGAGAGAGAAAAUAUUGGAUAGACAGCUACACAGCCUAAUUGAACAACUAGCCACCAAGCAGGCCCAAGCAGAGGGGCUGGUCAGUGAAAUCCAUCUGAAGGAGAUGGAACUAGAGAGGUUAAAUGGGCUGUGGAGGAGUCUUGAAACCAGCACAGCGGAGUUCAAUGCAGCUAGGAAUCGGUUUGGAAGAAGCAAUUCUGAGAAGGGAUCUCUUUCCUCUGAUUACAUUGUUGACCCUCAUCACAGGCCUUCUUAUCACUUGGGUGGCCGAACUGAAAAUCUCAUGCUACUCAGGUCGGCUUUCGUGCUCUACAUUCUAGCUCUGCACAUCUUGGUCUUCAUCAGAAUUUCAUUCUAAAAAUGUAUUGGUUCCAUUAAAUAUUGUAAUAUUUCUUCACCUUCCUGCCAAACCUGAUAUAUAUGAUUUUUCAUUCUGUUGUACUUCAGGUUUAACCAGAAACAUGUUUCAUGUAUAUAUAAUGAAAUACUUUAUUUUUACUGUGUCAAAACUGUGAG